AUGGAACCUCCCAUACUCUACGAUACCUCAAAGCACGAGCAUCUCAUAGCAUCUAUGGUUAAAUGCCAUGCUGAUUGCAUCACUUUUGAGCCGUUCAUGAUAGCAAAUUUCAUACCCCCAUUGAAUAACGAGCUCAUGACUGAGUGGUGGAGGAGACGCUGCAACGAGACGAAGAAUGAUGAUGUACUUUCGGGCACUCGAUAUAUUAUUCUACAGCUGGCGCGGAAUUCUACAACAGGAGAAGAGGAGGUAGCUGGUAUCGUCAUGCUCGCUUCGGCAUUUAAUGAAAAUGGCAAUUUCCGCGGUAUGGUCGAGAAGCUUUUAGUGAGUCCAGAGCACCGUAAGAAAGGAAAUGCAGGAGCUAUGAUGAGGAAAUUGGAAGAAGUUGCUAGGCAGCACGGGAAGCUUCUUUUGGUCGGAAUUGUUCCUCGUAUGGAGAUACAACCAAGAAACAACAAGCUGGCUGACACGAUAUUCUUUUACAAGGAUAUGAGACCAGAGGACUGGGCUCCUUAA